AUGGGGAUGACGCCGUUUCAGUUGGAGGCGUGGAUCGAGUUUGCGAUUGGCAUCGUCAUCCUGUUCUCGCGCAUCGUGUACCGGACGAAGCAGGUAGGACGCAACUGGGCCGGCGACGACUACUUUGCCGUGGCGGCGGCUCUGUUUCUGGCGGGCGAGACGGCGAUGCUACACGUAAUAGGACUCUGGGGAUCGAUUGUGGGCAUGACCGACGAAAAGGCUCUCCUGCUCAGUGAAGAAGAAAAGGCAACUAUUGCCAAGGGCGCCAAGGCCGACAUUGCAGGCUGGUGCCUCUACAUUACCCUGAUUUGGUGCCUCAAGGCGUGUAUGCUCUUCUUCUACCGUCGACUUACCCUCGACACCUUCCAGAAGCGCCUGGUUCUGGUGGCCGGCGUGGCCUGGAUAUGCUCAUACGUGGCCACGAUUGGCGUCGUGCUGCUGCGCUGCCUUCCCUUUCACCGCAACUGGCAGGUCUACCCCUACCCGGGCGACGAGUGCGGCACGCCCAACCAAAUAUUCCUGACCCUCGUCAUCACCAACGUCUCGACCGACCUGCUCAUCCUCUACAUCCCACUGCCCCUGCUCUGGGUUGUCAAGAUUCCCCUGGGAAAGUACGCAAGCCCCCUUCAACACCCACGGGUUCCCCCAACGCUAACAACCACCACCUCCAUCAGAAAAAUCAUCUACUGCCUCUGGCUCACAACCGGCAUCUUCGUCGUCGUAGCAAGCCUUCUCCGCUGCGUCCUCUCCAUCCGGUACGCCAACGAGGUCGACGUGUCCACCAUCUGGGCCAUCCGCGAGACCUUUGUCGGCAUCAUCUGCGUCAACGCGCCCAUUCUCGGACCCUGGCUCGUGCGAAAGGGCAGCCUCUGGGCCCAGAGCAUCUCCUCGUCGCGCAACUCGUCCAAGAACAACGACCACAACGGCGGCCUGCCCACCAUCAUCACCAUUGGCCAGCGCAGCAUGCGCCUCGGACGGCUGAAAAAGGAUGGCAAGGCCGAAGGUCGCGCCGGCGCCACCAUCGGCUGGACGACCAUCAACGACAGCGACGAGUGCAUCGGCGCGCCGCUCGCCAGCGGCGCCGGCGCCGGCCCAACAACGGCCAACGCCAAGGGCGAUGCGAAGACGAAACAGACGGCCGUGGCCUCGAUGGCAACUUCAUCAACGACGGCGGUCAGCGACUUGGUCUAG